AUGAUCACGCCGCUGUCUGGAGUGGCUUCGGUUUCGGGUGCUUUACUGGUGACCCUGGCCCUGGUGGUCAGCGAAUCCCUGGCGACGGAAUACCAGCGAGAGCGAUCCCUGCGCCUGCCCAACGAUACAUAUCCGCUGUUCUACCAACUGCACAUAUCCAGUGAUAUUCACAAGGGCACACUGCUCUUCAGCGGAAAUGCCACCAUUGACGUAGCCAUCCGGCGCUCAACGAAUGAGAUAGUAAUGCACGCCAAGAACCUGUCCGAUAUUCAGAUCACAGUCCAUCGUUUGACGGACGGGGGCUCCCAGAUCGUGGACGACUUGACUCACACGCUCUAUCCAGCGGCAGCUUACCUCAUCAUCCAUCCGAAUGAGAAUGAGGAUCACCUGGUCUUUGAGGAGGGCCAGCAAUACCGCCUGGAAAUCCUCUACACGGCCACUAUGACACUGCGACCCGCGGGUCUUUACUACAUGGAUUAUACGGAUGAGAAGAGCAACCGCACCUCAUACAUUGCCGCCACGCAAUCGGAGCCCACAUAUGCACGUCUUAUCUUUCCCUGUUACGAUGAGCCGGGAUUCAAGGCAAACUUUAGCAUAAUUUUAACUCAUGGCAGCAGCCAUUCGGCCAUAUCCAAUAUGCCUGUAAAGGAAAUACUCUCGCAUGGCGAAUUAAAAACCACCAUUUUUCAAACAACCCCACCUGUUUCCACCUACCUGGUGGCCUUUGUCAUCUCCGAUUUCGAGAGCAUAUCUGAGACUUAUCGAGGGGUCACCCAGAGUGUCUACUCUCCGGCGAUAUACAAGGAAAUGGGUCAAAGUGCCAUGAAGAAUGCGGUGAGAACUGUGGCGGCCUUCGAGGAUUAUUUCGGUGUUUCCUAUCCCCUGCCAAAAUUAGAUCACGUGGCGCUGAAGAAGAACUACGGAGCAGCCAUGGAGAACUGGGGUCUAAUCACCUACAAGGACAGCAAUUUGAUGCACAUCGGAGGGCCGGAUGCUCGAUUUCCUAUGAUGCACAAGAUUACCCAGAACCAUGAGAUUGCUCACCAGUGGUUCGGCAACUUGGUCUCGCCGGAGUGGUGGACCUACACGUGGAUGAACGAGGGAUUUGCUACCUAUUUUAGCUAUGUGAUCACAGAUUUGCUCUACCCCGAUGCCAUAGUAAUGGAUUCCUUUAUAGCCUUUGAGGCGGAUAGUGCCUACAGCUAUAAUAGUUUCUUUGAUGUUCGCCCGAUGACGCAUUAUGUGGAGGGUGACAAGGAUAUCAUGUCGGUUUUCGACAUCAUUUCUUAUAAACGUUCUGCCUGCGUAAUAAAGAUGUUCCACAAUGCCUUCCGUCAGAAGCUCUUCGUGCGGGGCAUCAGCCACUUUCUGGAGAAAUAUCAUUAUAGCGUGGCCAACGAGCUGAAUCUCUUCGAUGCCCUGCAAGCGGAAAUUCUGGAAGAUGAGUACCUUUCCCACAAACCUUGGGCUACUAGGAUAAGGGAUAUCAUGCUCUCCUGGACGCACAGCGAGUGGCUGCCCAUUGUGAUGGUCACCCGGAAUUACGAGAACAACUCCAUCACCUUCACACAGCGAUCGGUUCACUCGAAGGACGAGCUCUGGUGGAUACCUCUGAAUUUCGCCACCUCACAAUCGCCCUCUUUCGAGGACACCCAAGCGGAUAUUUUCAUGCCGCCCCGGUCGGAGUAUUCCAUAGGAUUGGAAUAUCUGGAUAUCCAGCUGAGCGGCAGGGAUUGGAUUAUAGUAAACAAGCAGGCGACGGGUUUCUAUCUCGUCCACUACGAUAAGGAUAAUCUAAUGGCCAUCGCCAGGCAACUGCAGACCAAUCACUCGGUCAUUCAUCGGCUAAAUCGAGCCAGUAUCUUCCGGGAUCUCAAGCCCCUGGUCGAACAUAACGAAGUAGAGCACGUAGAAUUGGUGUUCGAAUUGCUCAAGUACCUUGAGUUUGAGGAGGACCCGCUGAUCUGGAGCGAAGUGGGCGAUUCCAUUGAGUGCUUGACGAGGAACUUAUUCGGAACAUCCUCACAGAACCUUUUCAACGAGUUCGUACGCCGCCUGGUCAGUCCCAUCUUCAGACGUAUUUACCUGGAACAUACUGUCAAUAUAUCUCUGGAUACGAGUUUAGGGAUCCUACAAAUGGCCUGCUCAGCGGAUCUUCCGGAGUGCCUGGAGUACACACGCGGCGUGGCCAAGGAGUAUAUAAUCAAUAAAAACAAUUUCUCAACAGAAUCGGAGUUCUAUGCCACGGCCGAUACUCUUUUGUGUAUGGGAGCGCGUUACCUGAGCGAUCGGGACUUCCACAGGGUGAUAGAUAUGCUACAGGAGGCGGAUCGGGAAUCGGUGUACUACGAUGACUUGAUAUAUGGUCUCCGGUGCACUCAGAGCCAUCGCCACCUGUUGUACUACCUGGAAGUCCUACUGGGCGAGAACUCUACGCACGUGAUCCUUACCGAACCCGAUAAUAUGAUGUAUCUUCUUUACAUCUAUAAGUCCAACCUGGCCUCUCGACCGGUCAUCUGGCAGUACAUUGAGCGCAAUUAUAAGGUGUUCUGCCGCUCGCCAAACUUUUUGGAACACUUUAAACAGCUCGCUGGAUUUGUACCCAGACAUCAGAGAACGCAAUUUGUGAGACUUCGUCAGAACAUUGCGAACUACAUGAAGUUGGAGGGUCUCAAUCCGGACCAAAAGCUGAUCGAGUCCGAUUCGCCGCUGGUGGGCAAAAAGGUGAAGAUGAGCGAAAACUUCCAGGACAAGUUCGAGCAGCAGAUCCACAACUGGCUGCUUAGCGAGAUCCCCCAGUCGACCAGCAGAAGUGAUGCCCUCUUGGCCGCAUCCCUCAGUGCGUCCAAUGGAUCCAGUCGGAACGAGGGAAUCCUCAUGGAGGCAACUAGGGUGUUGCGAAGUGCGUUACAAAUAGUUGAUAUGUAUAGGUGAUCACUCUUGUUUCUACUAGGUUCUACAUAAGUACAAGCUUAUUUACAAAUAAAUUAAUUUCUAUACAACAA